CUUUUGACAUUUCAUUCAGACAGAAAUAAAAGCAAGAGGCAUGUUCCUUGCUUCUCUAUCUCUCUGUCUCAACGUGAAAAGUCAUUCCUUUCUUCAAUUUCUCUCUCCUUUAUAAACCAUCAUUCUCAUAUGUUACAGUCUCACAAUUAACAAUCAACAAUGGCUUCACCAACUUCAUUCCUCUCCCUCCUUAGCCUCAUCGCCUUCUUCCUCAUUACAGUCUCCGCAGAUCCCGACAUGCUCCAAGACCUCUGCGUCGCUGAUCUCUCUUCUGGAAUCAAAGUCAACGGCUUCCCUUGCAAAGACGCAGCCAACGUCUCAUCACUCGAUUUCUUCUCACAAGGAAUAGCAAACCCAGGUCUAACCAACAACACAUUCGGCGCCUUAGUCACAGGAGCCAACGUGAUGACCAUCCCAGGACUCAACACGCUCGGCGUCUCCCUCGCUCGCAUCGACUACGCGCCAGGCGGCUUAAACCCGCCUCACACUCACCCGCGCGCCACCGAAAUCGUCUACGUCCUCGAAGGAACACUCGACGUCGGGUUCCUCACGACCGCCAACAGGCUCAUCUCUCAGUCUCUCAAGAAAGGUGACGUCUUCGCUUUCCCCAGAGGACUUGUUCAUUUCCAGAAGAACAACGGUCGUGUCCCUGCGGCUGUUAUCGCUGCUUUUAAUAGUCAGCUUCCUGGAACUCAAUCUCUCGGUGCUACUCUGUUCGGUUCUACGCCUCCUGUUCCUGAUGAGAUCUUGUCUCAAGCGUUUCAGACAACUCCGAGAAUUGUUAGAAACAUUAAAAGCAGGUUCCAGCCCAAGAAAUGAUCAUUUCCAAAUUUUCAUUACCGGGUUUGUCUGGUUUUGUCAGGUUCUGUUUUCUAAAAGAAUGAUUUUUACUCAUUUUUAUUUAUCUUGUGUAAUAAAAGUAUAAAACCAAUAAAUUCAUCAUUGAGUGUUCA